AUGACAUUGAUUCAAAACUGUCUUCUGUUAUUUGUUAUAUAUACCGAAUAUAUCGAUACACAACCAUCGAACGUUCAAGAUAUUCCUAAUGUAUCGUUUACAUCUACACCUAAUUUAUCACCAACUAUUUCAAUAAUAUCAACAAAAACAAAUCAAUACUUGCGUGAUCAGUUAGUUCACUUCACUGAACAAUUUUCUUCAUUAACAUUACCUAGCACAGACCGAAUAAUGCAUGAAGUUUAUAUGCAAUCAUUAAAUACAUUUAUUAUUGAAAAACAAAAUUUAUCUCAACUUGUUCAAGAAAUGGCAAACUAUACAAAUCUUGCAAUUAUGAAAAAAUUAGAAGCUAUUAGAAAUUUAGUUAAUAUCAGUGAACAAUCAUAUAGAAGAUUUGCUGAAACAGAUGAAGCAACACGAAAUGCUACUGCAAAAUUCAUGGAAACAUAUGGUUAUCUUAGUUCAAAACAUGUCAAUGUUACGAUCGAUAAUAUAAGUGAUAAUGCGUCAUUAACUCUAGCAACACAAAUGACAACACAAAGUCAUUUAUUAUUAACAGCAACAUCAGAAGAAUUCUCUACUCAAGAACCGUACUCAACAACUACAAUUAUUAAAGAAGACAUAUCGGAAGGUGAAAGUCAAUCAUUAAGUGAAGUGGACACGGAAUAUCUAGCAUUACAAAAACAAUUAUAUAUUCAACAAAAAAAACAUUUCGGUGGAGCUUUUGUUAAUAUAACACAUAGUACAGUACAUGUUCCAACAAUCAUUUAUAAUUUAAAUAAAGAAAUUCUUUUAACUGCUAAUUGGUCUUAUAAUUUAAAUCAAGCAUUUAUUGAUAAUUAUAAUCAAGAUCCCGAAUUAACAUGGCAAUAUUUUUGUAGUCAAACAGGUCUUUAUCGUGUAUGGCCAGGUCAUAAAUGGGAAUAUCCAGAAGAUGAUAUAGAUGAAUUAGAUUUAUUUGACUGUCGUGUACAAAAUUGGUAUAUUCGAGCAACAUCAUCACCACGUGAUGUUAUUAUUUUAAUUGAUGCAAGUGGUUCAAUGACUGGUUUAAAACGAUCUAUUGCUAUACAAACAGUUGAAACAAUACUUGAUACUUUAUCUGAUGAUGAUUUUGUACAAAUUCUUAAAUUUAAUGACAGUGUAUAUUUUAUUGAUGAUUGUUUUCGAGAUGGACUUGUUCAAGCAACAGUAGAAAAUCGACAUCGAUUUCGAACAGCAGUAAAUGUGAAUCUUACAACAGAUAAUAUUGCAAAUUUUUCAGUAGCAUUAAAUAAGGCAUUUGAUCUAUUAGACAACGCACGAGUACAAAUAUCACGUACUGAAAAUGCAAGAUUACUAUGUCAAUGUCAUUAUUUGACAACAGAUGAUCAAUCGGAAGAACAAAAGCAAGCAUUUUGUCCGUCAGAUUUCAAUGCAACUGGGUUUCGUGAGGAUGAAAAUCCAUUUUUAGAUAGUACGGGAUGUAAUAAAAUGAUAAUGAUUGUUACUGAUGGUGCUACAGAAACGGCUUUAAAUGUUUUUCAAACAAGAAAUUGGCAACCAAAUAAUAAUUCAACAUGCCACCCAAUUGAAACUCGAGUAUUUACAUAUAUGAUUGGAAGAGAAUUAGGUGAUCCAAAACAUAUUCGAUGGAUGUCUUGUGCAAAUAAAGGUUAUUUUGCACAUGUAUCAACAUUAGAAGAUAUUCAAGAGAAUGUUGAAGAUUACAUUCCAGUAACAGCACGUCCAAUAGCAAUGCAUAAUGAUCAUGUAACUGUUUGGAGUAGUGUUUUUCUUGAUGUUGAAAGAACAUUACCAAUUAAAACAUAUAAAUGGUUUCCAUUUAAAUUGCAUGAUUUAUCUAUGUCAAUGGAUGAAUUUAAAAAUAAAUCCAAACCUGUUAAUUUAAUGAUUUCAAUUGCUCAACCUGUUCUUAAUCCACCAAAACUUGGACAUGAUGAUACAAUUCUAUUGGGUGCUGUUGGUGUUGAUAUUCCUGUUAAACUUAUACAAGAAUUUUCACCGAAAUAUCGAUUGGGUGUGCAUGGUUAUUCAUUUAUGAUUAAUCACAAUGGUUAUCUUAUGUUUCAUCCUGAUUUACGACCUGUGUUAGGUCCAUAUCGUAAACAAAAUUAUCAUUCAAUUGAUUUGGAUAUGGUAGAAAUACCUGAUAAUCUAUUGAGAUUUGUACACCCUUUACCGGAAAGUAAUAUUCAAGAAAUACGAAAAGAUAUGAUUUUAUCGAAUCACAAUCAACGUUCGGCAAGAGUAAAAAAACAUUUAGAUGAUAUGAGACGAAUAGAAAUAGUUGAACAAAAUUAUUAUUAUGCAACAUUAGGAGAUAAAGAAUCAAAUCCAUUUAGUUUGGGUAUUGCUGUACGUUUUCCAUAUGGUGAAUUUCUUGUUCGAACAACUGAACCUGAAACAGAAAAAGUUCAAACAGCACUUCGUUUUAUUCUUCAACGAAAUGUUCGUAUUGCUGAUUGGAUAUACUGUAAUUUAACAGCUGAAGAUGAUAUUGGUGAUACUGAAGAAUCAUUUCGUGGUUAUCUUAAAGAAAAAAUUGAAAAAGGAAAGAUUAAAUCAUGUCCAUAUCAAGCAAGUAAACAAUUAAUUUUUAUGAUGAUUGAAGAAUUAUUUAUAAUGAGUAAAUUUGAAAAUUGGACAAAAACUGGUUCAAUAGAUCGUAAUCAUCAAACACCAUUAGAAAAAUCUGCUCAUUCGGAUUUUAAAGCGUAUGAACAUGAAAAUCAUUUACAUUGGAUAUUUUUAGCAACACGUUCAGGUAUAACUGCUUAUUGGAGAUUAUCUCAUUUAGCUAAUGAAGAACAUAUACGACAAUUUGGUGAUGCAAAUCCAAAUUCAAUUGAAUCAAAUUAUUAUGAACGAACAAUAAGUGCAACUUAUUCUUAUAAUGCUGAUCAUAUUCAUGGUAAACAUCAUAUAUAUUCACUAUUUUAUGGAAUGACAAAUGUACCAGCUACAAAUUCACAAAUGCUUUAUGAAAAUCAUACAAAUACAACAGAAGGAAAUUUCGGAUCAUCAACAUCAUCACAAAUGUAUUUAGUUAUAACAACAGCAAUUUGGAUGAAUAAAACAUCUGAUCGACCAAAUAAUACUCCAAAUGUUCCAUUUGGAGUUUUUGGAGUUAUGUUACCAUAUAAAACUGUUCGUUCAACACAUUUUUCAAAUCUUUGUGCUGAAUUAGAUACAGGUGUAUGUUAUAUUAUUGAUGAAAAUGGAUAUAUUAUGUUUAUAGGUCAACAACAAGGAAUUGAUCGAACUGAUGAUAUUGGAAAAUUUUUAGGUGAAUUUGAAGGUGCAGUUAUGCAAGAUCUUAUAGCAAAAAAAAUUUUUUCAGAAGAAAAAAUGGUCGAUUUUCAAGGUGUUUGUUUACAGCGUCAAUUACGAACGGAAAAAAGCUCCGGUUAUCUUUUUCGCGGUAUUAUUCAAACUAUAGUGGCUAUGAUCUGGAAUAUUAUUAGUCAUAUAGCAAUGUUUCCUGUUCGUGAUAUACUCUUUUUUCCUCAAUGGACUUAUGCAGGAAAAAAAGUAACUGCUCCUAAUAAAACUACUGUUCCAGAAAGUCUUAGUAAUAUUCUUUUAACACAUAUUGAUUUUCGACGACCAAUAUUAGAUAAUAAACGAUUAAAUAAAAGAAAAGAAGAUGAAACUAUUGGAAAAAUUCCUGCAUCAUGUAUUGAAGAAUUUAAUUUAUAUGUAUCAACAUGGAAAGGAUGGCAUGGAUCAUUACCAUCAAAAGAUAAUAAAAUAACAUGGGAACAAGUUGAACAAAAUAAUACAAUACGUGGAAUAGUUAGUUGUACACAAUAUGGAAAAGAAAUAAUAGAAUCUUCCUAUGACAAUGAAACCAAUAGUUCAACAACAGUACCGACAAUAAUUUUCGCUGAAUCAUUUAGCUAUUCAAUAUCAAAAAUUCCAAAAAGUAAUUUAAUGUUAUUAUAUGUAAAUCAUUCCAAAGAAGCGCCAAUAUUAUGUCCAAAAUUAAUAAUUAAACGUAAACCAGUUGAAUUUAGUAAAGAAGAAUGGUGUACACGUUUAAAAACUACACCAUAUCGUGAACGACCACAUAAAUGUUUUUUUGUACAUGAAGAAGAAAAGACACCAUUAUUUACUAAAUGUUCAUAUGCAAAUCAAUUAACUUAUCGAUAUUCAUUUAUUAUAUCGUUUGUAAUUCUAAUUAAGAUAUUUAUAUGGCAAGAAACAAAAAAUCAAUAA